AUGGCCUGCACCGAGGUUCAAGAGCAGCCAGCCCCAUGGCAGCCCCCGCCUGUCUCAGCCAGAGUGCCCGCCACUGUGGCCACAGGUCCUGCUCCGGGGUGUCUUGGCCCCUCGGAGGACGACCUCGAGUGUCUGGUGUGCCGGGAACCCUACAGCUGUGCCCGGCCGCCCAAGCUGCUGGCUUGCCAGCACCCCUUCUGUGCCGUCUGCCUGAAACUCCUGCUGUGUAUCCAGAAUGACACCUGGUCUGUCACCUGCCCGCUGUGCCGCAAGGCCACCGCCGUCCCCGGGGGCCUCAUCUGCAGCCUGCGUGACCAGGAGGCCCUGGUGGGGCGGCUGGCUCGGCCGUGCCCAGAGGUGCAGCUCUGUCCACAAGGACUGGCAGAUUCCGCCACCUCGACGGCAGGGCACCCUGGCCAGGCGGGAGAGGACGGGCAGGACGCGGUGAGCGCGAACCGUGUGGCGGCCCGGCGCCUGGUGGCACACUUGCUCCUACUGGUCUUGCUCAUCAUCCUCAUCCUGCCCUUCUUCUACCCCGGCAUCAUCCGGUGGGUACUGGCCGUCAUCAUCGCCUUGGCCCUGCUGAUGUCGGCCUGCUUCUGCUGCCACCCGAGCAGCCAGGGUGGCUGCUGGCCUCCCGCCGGGACUCUCCUCUGCAGAGAACAGAAGCACAGCGAGAUCGCUUCCAUUGCCUAGGUGCGCUCCAGACAGGCACCUGCUACCUCUUGGGCCCCGCUAGGCUCACGUGAACGGGGCAAGGGGCUAUGAACUAAGGCUCGUUCCCUAGGGGAAUUAAAUGCCAGCUAGACUUGCAAGCCAAAGCCAGAUGGCUGUUUUGGGUCACGAACUACAUACCUGGAUGAUAGACUUCUGUGUGCCCAUGGUACAGCCCAUCUAAAGAGUUUGGGGUGGGGGAGGAGGCACAUGCCCCCUGAAUGCCACAAGGGGCCUCCUCUUCCUCCUAUUCUAUUACUCCUGGUUUUCCUUUAUACACCUGGAUGAACUUAUUGCAAAACAAAUAGAACCAAG